CCAGGUUGCUUUUUAUUACAUGAUCUUAAGUGCCUUUUUAUAUUAUUUCAUAUAUUUACAGAUUACGACUAAAAAUGAUAAAUCGUAACAAAACAUGAUUCUACGCCGACUAGGGUUAAUAUAAUCAAUAAGAUACUUAAUUUGUGAAAUUCAAAAAUCAAACUUUACGAUUAAAGUAAAUACUGUUGUUAUCAUUAAGCUGGGGUGUUUUUUUGAUGUAAUAAAUUGUUAAAAAAAGGUCUGUGGAAUUUCAACGUUGUAACCUGGCACCAUGUUGAUCUCUUAUUGCAUUGAUGUUUAUUAGCAGUAAGCUGGGGAAUUCCCCGGAAAUCAUGGUAUGCUGAACUAUUAUCUCUAUAAGCAAAAAGUACUUGGCAUUAGUGACAUCAUGUCAAUAAUCUUACUUUUAAAAAACAUCUAGUUUCCAACUACUAAAAGUGCAUUUCGAAAUUUUGAUCAGAAAUAUUAUAGUGUUUCAUUUUUUCUGAAGUAUUACCAUCUCAAGCAGGCUUAAUGAACUGUUUUACUUUCAAAUAUCAUUAUCUUAUAUCGCUUUGUUCAAGCUACUUCUAUUCUAAUUAAAAUUUUAGAAAAAAUAGCUUUAUUUCUCUACAAAUAGAGUUUAUUUCUUUCAAAAGAGGGGUUUAUCUUCAAGCUCAUAUUACUUAAAAGCGCAUCAACAUCAACAAAGCAAAAAGAGUUGGUAAUAAAGCUUAUCAUUUAAAAACAAAAGUUGAUUCAUGCUAAGGAAUUGAUAACAAAAAUAGUCGAUCCAAAAUCAAUUACAAUAAUUAUUCAUCAAGGUAACACGCACGUCAAACAUAGAAAACAGUACGAGGAAUUGUAGUGCAAAUACAUAGGGACUUCCCCUGCGUACGUUUAUAUGAUUACUGGCAGUAAGUAAAGGUUGCCAGUUUAGAAUACAUGAGGAGAUCGAACACAACAUAUGUAUGGAAAUGACUUCAUUUAAAUGUGGGAAGGUUUAUCGCGCUGUUCCACAUGACUUCGGCGAAGAAAAGAAGUUACCAAUAAAGUUUAAGGUGAAAUCGCGCAAAGAGAUAUUGCGAUUUUGGCCAGAUGAUAGUAUACAAAUUCAGAAAAUUAAAGAGGGUGGCUGGUUUACUGCAAAUAAUUUGACCUUUCCAAAACAAAAAGUUGGCCUAAUACAUCAGCAAAACUUGGACGUCUCUUCAGAAACAAAUGUACCAAAUUUUAGAAAUGAAAGGUUAGCCAGUGGGAGCGAUAUUUACGAACCUAUAGAAGAUGUUAAUAUACCUAUGAAGGCAGAGGAAUGGUUCGACAAACCCAUACUGCCAGAUGUUUUGUUAAGAGCUUUCAAAGAAAAUAAUGGCGAUAAAGCCAGCGACAUUGUUUCUUACACAGAAGACGAUUUGCUCAAACCUCUUGAAUGCAACACACAGGAUGGGAAAGUCAAAGUGAGCAAUAUUAGAAGUGGUGAUACAGGAUACGUAUUUGUAUGUGAUGUCUCUCCAUUCUGUUCAAAAAGAUGGUAUCGCGGCAGAAUGUCUAAGUUAUAUGUAGAACUCAUGUUCCAGAACGUAACAUAUGGAACGUUUUUAGUCUGGAAAGUCAACAAUACUCAAUACAUCAUAACAGUAAUGCUUGCACAAGGACAGUUGAAACAUUUCGUAGUUCUCCAAAUGGACGACUGGCUUUUCUUGGAAAAAAGCGGAAGCUAUGAUAGUUUUUUCAGCAUAGUCCAGGAAUGCAACUCAAAUGAGAUGCCAAUGCACAAUCCUCUCAAAGUUCCGAAUGCACUUUGUGGAUGUCCUUUCGAAAAUAUCGAGAUGCCAACACAAAGAGAAGCCGAUAUUGUUUAUGUUUCAACGCAUGAUACUAGGCACUACUGUGAGUUAACAAUCGUAAAACGACUUGACAAUUCCAGUUUUGGCUUGGUUAAGACAAUGAAAAAUAAAGAAUGUUUCGGUGUAAGCUGGUAUGCUGGAGAUUUGUCAUUACAAGAAUCUCAACAACUUUUAAAUGGAAAAGAAAGUGGUUCCUUUCUGGUGCUUAAUUGUGAAAAACCGAUUGGACAAUACAUCGUUACAAUCAGUACAAAUAGGUAACCAACCUAAACGUGUUAUAUCUUCAGUAUGGCUGUACUUAUUCCAUACAAAGCUGGCUGCACGUAUCAUCACUUUAUGCAGCUUUCGAAUUUGGAUGGCUGUUAAUGGAAUAUAAACAGUGUCGUUAAAGUCUAAUUUUGACAAGACUAGCAUUUCAGCUAAUUGUUUUCGUAACUUAAAUGGUGCCAUGCGUUUUAGUUUACGUAAUAUAGAUAAGAUGCCAUGACAACACGAUACUACACUCUGUACAUGAUCAUUCCAACUUAGGUGUUCAUCUAAUUUAACACCCAAUACAGACCAUGUUGGAACUCUUUCAAUCUGGAAGUCAUCCAGUUUGAUAUCAGUACAAUCGAGGUCGUUGAGAUUGUGUCAUUUUGACAUUUGUGAUGUUGAAAACACCAUUAACUUUGUUUUUUCCUUGUUCAGAACAAGAUUGUUAUUUGUAGACCAUCUUUGAAGUUGACUUAUAUCUCCGUUUAUUUGUUCCUUUGCCUUCGCAAGAUUAUUUAAUUUUGUGGACGUAAACAAAGUGGUGUCGUCAGCAUACUGUAACGUACUCGUUGUCAAAUUCAUUUCCAGGUCAGUGACGUAUAAAUUGAAAAUAACAGGGCCUAAUAUUGACCCUUGCGGCACACCAGAUGUGACGUUGCAAAAUUCAGAGGUCUUAUCAUUAAUUCGCACAAUUUGUUUUCUGCCACACAAGUAACUCAAAAUUAGUUCAACAAACUCUUUGGAAAAGCCGAUUUGGUUGAGUUUCCUCAUUGUAGUUUCAUAUUGAACAGUAUCAAAGGCUUUCGAAAAGUCAGCUAAUACUACAAGACUGAUUUCGUUUUUACUCAUUGCUUCUUUGAUAUCCGUUCUAAGUUUCAUCAACAAAGUAGUCGAGGAGUGUCCUUUUCGGUACCUGGACAUCUUUUCGGAAUAUAAAGAUUUCUCAUCGAUAAAGAUUAUCAUUUGUGUAAGGAUAAGACGUUCAAAUACUUUGGAUAAAAUAGGAAGGAUAGAGAUCGGUCGUAGUUCUUUUAUUGAUGUAGGAACAUUCACUUUUGGAAUAGGUGCGACUCUUGCCACUUUCCAUUGACACGGGAAGCAUUUUUUCUCAAUGCACGUAUUUAUAAUAUGUGUUAGAACAGAAGAAAUUUCAUUUGCUAGUAAUUUAACAUAUUUGACUGGUAUAUCAUCAAACCCAGUUGAUAUAUCGUUACGUAGUCCUUUAAGUUCUUUAAGUACCUCCUCAUACUUAACAUGUCUGAGUUGAAACAUUUUGGAAGUCGAUGGUGGUAAUGUUUGGAGUACUUCCUUUAAAUCAAUUUCAGAUUUUGGAAUUGAUCCAGUAACUCGCUCAGCUGUUCCGGCAAAAAAAGUGUUUACACUAUCAGCGUCAAAAUGAAGAGGCUUCGAAGGAGGAUGUAAAAUUCGAUUGAUAGUGUUCCACACUUCUUUCGAGUUUUUAGAACUAAGUGCUUUUCUAUAAAAGGAAACUUUAGCUUUCUUGAUCUUUUUCUUAACAGGGUUUUUAAGUUGUCGAAAUUCGUUCCAUAUCAUUUGAUCGUUAGUUUCAUGAGCAAGUUUUCGAAGUUUAUUUCGCUUCGUUUGGUCACUUUUUAUGUUUAAAGUAUGAAUCCAUGGAGAUGGUGGUCUUGUUAUUUUUGUUCUUCUUAACGGGGCAUGUCUAUCAAUGCAAUCUUGCAUGAACUUGUGAAGUAUCUCCACUUUUUCUUCUGGAUCAUCUAUAGCGUAUAUAACUGAUAUCGGUAGGUUCGAGAAAUCCGACACAAAAGAUUCCCUAUCAAACUGCCUUUCAUCUCUUAUCAUUUUAUAUCGAGGUUUAAACUUAUCGUAUUUAAUGUUGAUGAUAGCGUAAGGUCCAUCAUGGUCACUAAUAGUUUCGCAUGGUAAUACAUCAGUAUAUGCGAUUUUGGUAUUAUUGUUAAUUAUCAUAUGAUCGAUCAAUGUUGCGCUUAAAGGAGUCGUCCUGGUUGGCUUUGAUACUAUCUGUUUAAGGUUGAAUGCAGAUAAAAUAUUGUUGUACUGUCUUACUUGGCAACAUUCUGGUUUGAGAAGAUUUAUGUUUAUGUCCCCUGUUAUAAGUAGCAGGCCAUCCCAUGUUGUUUGGAUAUAAGUUAUCAAAUCUUCAAAUUUAGUUAACCAGUCAGAAAAGGAGAUGAUUCUUUCCGAGCGGUAUAUGACCCCAAGAAGUAGUUUACUAUGCUUGUUUCGGCCAUCUACCUCGAUCCAUAUAUGCUCUAAAUUUUCGUACAUAUCAUUAAUAUCCUUUCGAAUGCGAUAUUUGAUCAAACUGUUCACAUAAAUUCCAACACCCCCUCCUCGAAUUUGGUCUCUAUUCACAUAUUCCAUUGAGUAACCAGGUAUACGGACGUAUUCCAAUAAAUUAGCAUUAUUUUUUAGCCAUGUUUCGGAUAAGCAAACAAUGUCGAAUGGGUGGUCAUCCAAUAAUACCAGUAAAUCGUUAAAAUUAGAUGUCAUCGAUUGUGUGUUUAUGUGCAGUACUCUCAAUUUUUGAUAAUGUUCAUGCAAUGCGUGUUGAUGACUGCUGUAUGUUGCACCUGAAAUAGUUGUGGAAAUAGUUGAAUUCAAAUCAUUCUCUCGCGCAAACGGUAUUAAUAAGUGUGUACAGUCAGUACAUGUCCACUUUACCGGAAUACAAUUCAUUAUGGAAUGUGUCAAGUUGGUAUCGGCACAUUUUGCAUGAGUUCGAUUAAAACACAUUUCACAGGCGAGCUGCUUUUGAUUUCGUCUGAUAGUUGCUCUACAUUUAAUGCACUUAGUUGCUUGGGGUUUGGGCCCUGGGUUAGUUUCCACGUCGCCACUUUGCAAAAUAAUAUUAAAUGUAGCACACGUAUUGUUAUAAUAGGAGACUCUUGCUUUACCUCUUUUAAUAACGUAACUAUAGCUUCUGUCACCUUUUAUAAUCGUUCCAUUUAUUUCAAUGGUCUCAAUGCUAUCGUUAAAAUCAAUACAUAAAGUAAUUAGUGAUGUUAUUAAUAUUACGGCAUAAGACAUUGUGGUUACCAUGGUGAUAUAGAGUGUUGUUAAGAAGUUUUGCAAAUUGUUGCAAUUUGCCGGGACGUGUAAUACCCAAAAACGUUUAAAUUUUCUGCAUAUAAACCAACUAAUCCAAAAUAAUCUUUGUAUAAGCAAUAAAAUUACUUCGGAAUGUAUAAGAGUCGCAAUUUUCAUCGAUAGCCACAAAUAGAGUACGAUUUCCUUAAAAUCUCUUAUAUGGCAUACGUAAAUCCAAAAAAAAAACUUUUAAAUUCUUUCCAUAUAUAGAGACUUGGUCUCCAAAUCUAACUUUAACUAAUGUUGACAAAGGAACGAUCUCCAAACUAGCCUGAUUUUUUAUUGUUGUUAAGUUUGUGCUUUCACGCCGUUAAGCUUCUUUUUCUUUAAGCUUCUUUUUUUUCUCGCAAAAUUACACAACCCCAGGUGGCAUUCCUAUUUCUUUAUCAAGAUAUAUAUUUUAAGAUAUAUAUUUUAGAUGUAAAAUUGAAAAACGAGGCAUUUCAGAGUGACAAGUCUCUUGUAUUUGCGAUUGUUCGUGUUGAUACAAGAUAAUUGUCAUUUAGGGACGACAACCCUGUCUCAGUUUCUGGAUUCUUUAGCCUUAAAAUUGAUAAACAAGGCAUUUCAAAGUGUCGAGUAUCAUCUAUUUGCGAUUUUUCGUAUUGAUACAAGAUAAUUGUCCUUUAGGGUCAACAACGUCUCAGGUUCUAUAUAUUCUAACCGUGAAAUUCAUAAAUGAGGCAUUUCAAAGUGACGAGUCUCAUAUAUUUGCGAUUUUUCGUAUUGAUACAAGACAAUGGUCAUUUAGGGUCGACAACCUCGUCUGAGGUUCUAUAUAUUUUAGCCGUAAAAUUGAUAAACGAGGCAUUUAUAAGAGACGAGAGUUAUAUAUUUGCUAUUUUUCGUAUUGAUACAAGAUAAUUGUCAUUUAGGCAUUUAGGGUUGACAACCUCGUCUCAGGUUCUAUAUAUUUUAUCAGUAAAAUUGAUAAACGAGGCAUUUCAAAGUGACGAGUGUUAUAUAUUUGGUAUUUUUCCUAUUGAUACAAGAUAAUUGUCAUUUAGAGUCGACAACCUCGUCCGAGGUUCUAUAUAUUUUAGUUGUAAAAUUGAAAAACGAGGCAUUUCAGAGUGACGAGUGUCUUGUAUUUGCGAUUUUUCGUGUUGAUACAAGAUAAUUGUCAUUUAGGGACGACAACCCUGUCUCAGUUUCUGGAUUCUUUAGCCUUAAAAUUGAUAAACAAGGCAUUUCAAAGUAUCGAGUAUCAUCUAUUUGCGACUUUUCGUAUUGAUACAAGAUAAUUGUCCUUUAGGGUCAACAACGUCUCAGGUUCUAUAUAUUCUAACCGUGAAAUUCAUAAAUGAGGCAUUUCAAAGUGACGAGUCUCAUAUAUUUGCGAUUUUUCGUAUUGAUACAAAACAAUGGUCAUUUAGGGUCGACAACCUCGUCCGAGGUUCUAUAUAUUUUAGCCGUAAAAUUGAUAAACGAGGCAUUUAAAAGAGACGAGAGUUAUAUAUUUGCUAUUUUUCGUAUUGAUACAAGAUAAUUGUCAUUUAGGCAUUUAGGGUUGACAACCUCGUUUCAGGUUCUAUAUAUUUUAUCAGUAAAAUUGAUAAACGAGGCAUUUCAAAGUGACGAGUGUUAUAUAUUUGGUAUUUUUCCUAUUGAUACAAGAUAAUUGUCAUUUAGAGUCGACAACAUCGUCUGAGGUUCUAUAUGUUUUAGAUGUAAAAUUGAAAAACGAGGCAUUUCAGAGUGACGAGUGUCUUGUGUUUGCGAUUUUUCGUGUUGAUACAAGAUAAUUGUCAUUUAGGGACGACAACCCUGUCUCAGUUUCUGGAUUCUUUAGCCUUAAAAUUGAUAAACAAGGCAUUUCAAAGUGUCGAGUAUCAUUUAUUUGCGAUUUUUCGUAUUGAUACAAGAUAAUUGUCCUUUAGGGUCAACAACGUCUCAGGUUCUAUAUAUUCUAACCGUGAAAUUCAUAAAUGAGGCAUUUCAAAGUGACGAGUCUCAUAUAUUUGCGAUUUUUCGUAUUGAUACAAGACAAUGGUCAUUUAGGGUCGACAACCUCGUCCGAGGUUCUAUAUAUUUUAGCCGUAAAAUUGAUAAACGAGGCAUUUAAAAGAGACGAGAGUUAUAUAUUUGCUAUUUUUCGUAUUGAUUCAAGAUAAUUGUCAUUUAGGUAUUUAGGGUUGACAACCUCGUCUCAGGUUCUAUAUAUUUUAGCAAUAAAAUUGAUAAACGAAGCAUUUCAAAGUGACGAGUGUUAUAUAUUUGGUAUUUUUCCUAUUGAUACAAGAUAAUUGUCAUUUAGAGUCGACAACAUCGUCUGAGGUUCUAUAUAUUUUAGUUGUAAAAUUGAAAAACGAGGCAUUUCAGGGUGACGAGUGUCUUGUAUUUGCGAUUUUUCGUAUUGAUACAAGAUAAUUGUCCUUUAGGGUCAACAACGUCUCAGGUUCUAUAUAUUCUAACCGUGAAAUUGAUAAGUGAGGCAAUUCAAUGUGACGAGUCUCAUAUAUUUGCGAUUUUUCGUAUUGAUACAAGACAAUGGUCAUUUAGGGUCGACAACCUCGUCUGAGGUUCUAUAUAUUUUAGCCGUAAAAUUGAUAAACGAGGCAUUUCAAAGUGACGAGUCUCAUAUAUUUGCGAUUUUUCGUAUUGAUACAAGAUAAUUGUCGCAUAGGGACGACAGCCUUGUUUUUGGAUCUAUAUAUUUUAGUCGUAAAACUGAGAAACGAGGCAUUUAAAAGAGACGAGAGUUAUAUAUUUGCUAUUUUUCGUAUUGAUACAAGAUAAUUGUCAUUUAGGCAUUUAGGGUUGAGAACAGAGAUAGGAAAAUGCCGAUCCUAGGACAGCGAUUAAUAUGUUGUGCCACUCCACGUCAAAUUAUAGAUCAUCCCCGUCAAAUCAACGAUAGAGGAGUCAAUAAAAUCCCUUAGCACUUUACCACUUUACGUUAAAUUAUAGAUCAUCCCCGUCAAAUCAACGAUAGAGGAGUCAAUAAAAUCCCUUAGCACUUUACCACUUUACGUUAAAUUAUAGAUCAUCCACGUUAAAUCAACGAUAUCCGUCCAAAACCCCCCUCCCCCGCCGUGUCCCCCGGGCCCCUCCCCACCCUCCCCUGUUGUGUCCUAUAAAUUAUGGUUAUAUGUGUGUUUAUAAUGUCCUCUUGCCAGUGUGGUAAUGCCAUCUUCCAAAAUUAUGCGUUUAUCAUCAUCGACAUUGAGCGCCAGUUUAUUUGUUUUUAUUGUGUGAACAUCAUGCUUAAUAGAUCGAAAUGUCAUUUGGGUUCUGUAAAUGUUCUCACCUUCAAACAGGCAUCUCUUAUAAUCAGCGAAACCUAUGGUCUCCCUUACCACACAUUUCUUCACCCCCUUACACCUCUUAUCCUCCUUACCACAUAGUCGUUUGUAUGCAUAGGUCUUAGCUCUUAGGGCUACAAACUCAGUCAUCACCUUACCACCUAACUCGUCCUUCAACAGCCCAAUGAUCUUUUUAUUCAAACCUAAUGGUAGAGGUCUACCAUCUUCCUUAUCAUACCCCGAUGUGUCAAAUCUCGCAGACACAUCAUCGGCGAUAUCUCUGUAGAAAUCGCCCGUUUUUAUGUGGUAUACGAAUGAAUCAGUAUCCAUAUAGCAAAGUUUCACAUCAUCACCAUAUUUCGGUCUCAUGUAAUCAUAGUGAAACUCGUACAUAAUCAUCUUAGACAUGUCGAGAAUUGCCAGUCCCAGGUAUAUCGGCUUAUUCAUUUUGAUCUUGAUCUUGGACAUCUCUAUACCCAUCAGUGUUUCCGAGAACCAUGUGCUACCCUUGAAGUUUGGCUUCAUCACCAGCUUCUCAUACUGAUCCUUCUUCGUAGCCAAGCGUAUAUCCUUGUGUUUACGCUGAUUCUCCAUUGUCUUACCAAAGAACGAAUUGUUCAUAAGCUUGAAAAAGUCCUUCUCAAAGUCAUUAGUUGAUUUAGUACGCAAAUCAGUGUUAAAAUCUAUGUACGACUUCAACCACGCACUCUGAUUAAAUCUCAAGACUCUAUGAACCUUAUCAAGAACAAGACCAUGCUUCAACGCCUGAUCAAGCGCACGGAUAUGGAUGAUGUAGUUUGUCUUGUCUGAAAGACAUGGUGUCAGUUUCUCAACACCAUUAAUCUUUUUCCUCUCGGGCAUGAAAGGAAGGUCGUUAUGAGAAUCAUGAAGUUCCCGUGGGUAACUAACAUCAACCUCAAGGAAGUACCCCCUAUCACCAUCUUCAUCGGCUAAUUUUGAAAUAAGUUCGGAUGUGAAAUCGGAAACCAUUAUCUUCCCCGUCCUAGGAGAGUUUACCACACGAUUGAAAGUGUUGGUUACAGGAUCGUGAACAACUUUUCUAGGAGUAUAUGGAUUUUCCUCUUUCACCUCUUCCUCUCCAAUGUCCUUUUUAUACAAACCCAUGAUCUUAUCCUUAAUGGUUUUGAAAGCUUUUGUUGUUUUAUCCUUAAUAGCCUUAGGUACAUGAUUUAUCAACCAGUCUCUUCAUUCAAUCAACUUGCUUUUCGCAAUAGGUCUGGUUUUAAUCAUUUCUUGCUCUUCAAACAAAUCCAUGUCUUGUUGGCUAGUACCGGAUCUCGAGGGUGCCGGUACGGGUUCGGGCAAUUUACUAACGUCAUCAACCCACUCAAACCCUCCGGUGGGCAUCUUCUGUAUCAUGGCCCAUCCAUACAGAUUGUUAGCAUCAAGAUACUGCAGAUAGGUUGUAUCUUCCGAAGUAUUAUACAUAUCGCCCAUAUAUGGAUUGUUAGCCUUGGCGUGGCGGUGGACAGCCUGACACAAUCCACCCCUAAUACCGCUUUCAAUGAACGUGACCAUCUCAAUAUCAGACAAUAGAUCUAGACUAACCCCGGUCUUUUUCAGACAUGCUUGCCAAGUUAAUCCAGGAGUUGUGUAAAAAUGCGCUAGUUUGUAGUAUCUCAAACACGUCUCUCUGAAUGUCUCAAACACACCGGCGAGCAAUAGAACAUCUGUAUUGAGAUAGAUGUCAUGAUAUUCACCUAGAUCCUUAAUAUCAAAGGCUUUCCAAACCUUCUGAGCAUGCUCAUAGUCAGCAUCACUGAUGUGACUCAUGUUAAGCUCGUUAUAAAAGUCAUCCUUUGACGGGAGCUCAGUUUCAUUAAACCUAUCGAAUGAGUUAACAUACUCAUAUGGGUAUACACCUUUUCUCAACAGCAACCUGAACUGCUCAUCGUUUCCCGUGUGCAUAUUACGGAACUUUUCAAGUAAACUCUGCUCUGACAUCUCUGACAUCGCAUUCACCACAUUUCCCGUGAGCAAUAUAGUUUUCAUCAAUAUAUUCAAACGAGCAGCCUGAGCUACACUCAUCACAUCUCAUGUUGUUAACACCCGCGAGAUUUGCACUAAGAUUGUUCAAGCCGCUAGACAUAAAUCUAAACGAAUCUAUGAAUCUUAGCUUUAUCUUUUUGUCCUUAGUCUCACCAUUUUUGUUAAUAUAUUCGCCAACCUUAACAUCGGUCGAGAAAGAGAUAUAUUUCUCCUUAUUCUCUGCGAUUACACCCAUACCAUCCUCUCCGUACUUCCUUGCAAGCUCCUUAAUGAAUAAAUGCGCAUCAUAUCCGCUCAGAUUGUGGAAUACAACCGGAAUAUAAUUAGGAACCUUGUAACGCAGAUUACAUUCCUGAUGGGCGGAUCCGCGAAACUUACCAGUAAAAUGACAGUGAUCCCUAACCUUGAUGUCAUCAUCACCAUCAAAUUCCUUCAUACAAAUGUGGCAAACCUCGGAUCUAUUGAAACCGUCACGCUCCUCAUCCGUCAGUGGAUCCAUUUCUUUCUGAGGAAACAUGUUAUAUAACCUUUCAGCCUCGGAAACCACAUGAUCUACAAAGCGCGGAACACAGUCCUCACCACGGUAAAGAUUAAGAGGGUUGGGAACUUCACCAUGAGCAUAUUUACUAUAACAACAGAAUCCGGUUGGGACAUGUUUACCAACUUUCUCGGUUGAUGAUCCGCCUUUUCUCUCAUCCUCGGGCAAUUCUUGUGUAAAAGCUUCGAAAUCGGCAUAAAUGAUGAAUGGAACCUUGAGCUGAAACUUACCAUCAGUGAAGGUUAAGGUGCUACCCUCUUUAGGGAGUUGAACCUUAGCAGCAUCAUUAUCCUUGCAAUACUCAAAGUGCUCAUCCCUUUUCUGUUCGCUUGGAAAACCAGAGAGACAAUUCAAGCAAUAAUGCUCUUUAUGUUCAUGCUUUGAGUUGGCCUUGCUCAGGACACCGCUCAAGUUCUUAACAGCGAUAUAAUGUCUCUUAUCCCCAUCACACAGUAAAAACAAAACAACUGUCUCCUUACGAUCCAGAUGCUUCGACCUACGGCACAUGUAGACACCUUCUACAUCGUCUUUUGUUAAAACAUGCACAGCGAUAUCAGGGUUCCUUCUCUCAAACAAAUCUAUCUUGUUUAGUGCCAUUGGGAAAGAUAGACCAUCCCAAUUGCACUUGUCUUCAAACUUCUUAAGGUUUGAGAUUCGUUCAGGAUGAUUAUCAAUCUUAUCAUGAUAUAAGGUGGCUAAAACGGCCCAUUUGAAGCAUUCAUAAUCUGCAUUUUUGGGAUUGAUCACGGAGAACUUACCACUGAAAUUCUUGGGUAGCGGCAAGUAAGAUCUACCUCUAGUUAAUUUUAGUUUGUGAAAGUCUACAUGCAUAUGUAGGAUCCUUUCGAUUGUGAAUCCGCUGGCGGGUAGAGCAGGGUUUUCAAUCUGCUCGAUUAUCUUAUUACACAUACGAUCAAAAACAUCAGAAAUGUCACCAUGGGCAUGUAGUAUCUCCAUAUAACUAUUGAACGCUUUGUCGACAUAUACACACGGGGUAUCGGUCGAGCUGGCGUCCUCCUUUACCCAUUUCACCCACAGGGUCGACUGAGUCUUCAGCGACUUCUUCUGCCUGAGCACGUCACUCAUCAACCUCUUGACGAUAGGUUGAACCCUUUUUAAAAAGACCUUGACAUUCUUCCCACCAUCCGAGUUUAUCUUGAACCUUUUGUAGGUUCCUACAAACGCCUCUUCAAUGGGUGUAUAAGGAUUUUCCUCUUUCACCUCUUCCUCCUCUUUCACCUCUUCCUCUCCACUGUCCUUUUUAUACAAACCCAUGAUCUUAUCCUUAAUGGUUUUGAAAGCUUUUGUUGUUUUAUCCUUAAUAGCCUUAGGUACAUGAUUUAUCAACCAGUCUCUCCAUUCAAUCAACUUGCUUUUCACAAUAGGUCUAGUUUUAGCCAUUUCUUCCUGCUCAAACAUAUCCAUGUCCGUACCGGAUCUCAAGGGUCUCGGUGCCGGUAUCGGUAAUGGUACGGGUAUAGAUCCACCGGAUCCUAGAAACGCCUCUAGAGAUUUGUAUCCCGGGUCUGGUACUGGUCUAGGCAUCGGUAUUGGUCUGGCAGGUCUCGAGAGUCUCGGCGCUGGUACUGGUCUGGCGGGUCCCGGUCUAACCGGUGCUGACACUGUAGUGGGUGUCAAUAAUUCAACAACCGUAUUUCUCGAAGUCAUGCUUGUGUAUGAUAUACGAUUACAAAAUCUUUAACCCUUUUUUUAUAAAUCUUGUCGGAGUGUCAUGAGUGUCCUCGUUUGUGGGGCAACCACCAUGCUAAAUUGUAGUAAAAACACGCUUUGUGAUACAUACAUCGAUACACCAUGGGUACC